AGCUGUCUCAUGUGGUGAUGCUGGCUCACAUUCAUUCCCCCCAGCACCCCCAACUCCCACCUCUUCCCUGUCUCCAGAUCACAGGGAUCUGGUACGUGAAGGCCAUGGUGGCGAACAAGAACCUGCCCUUGGAAAAGAGGCCCAAGAAGGUGUCUCCUCUGACAGUGACUGCCCUGGAGGGUGGGGACCUGGAGGCCUCAUUCACCUUCCUAAAGAAGGAUCAGUGCCAUGAGAAGGGAAUUGUGAUGGAGAGAGUGGGGGAUCCUGGUAAAUACAUUGCAAAAGGGGGCAAGAAGCACAUCUACCUCCAGGAGCUGCCAGUGAAGGACCACUACAUCAUUUUAGGUGAAUGCCAGCAUGACGAAAGAACCUUCCACAUGGGAAAGCUGUUGGGCAGAAGCCUGGAUGUGAAUGUGGAAGCCCUGGAAGAAUUUAGGAAAUUCACUCAGUGAAAAGGGUUCCAGCAAGAAAACAUCAUUACCCCAGCCCAGAUAGGUAAAGGAGGGCUCUACCCAUUGUGUCCCUUUGUCCCCGGGGAGGAAGCGCUAUGGAUCUGUUUGCUUUAUCAGUUCUCACCUGCUAUAGGGACAUGGGGCUCAGGCUGGGUCUGGUCAUGGGUGUCUUUGACCUGAAGGCGGGGGUUAAGUUCAGGCUGUGCCUUGUUAGGCAUCUUCUCAAGCGUGCUUUUUUUGUCCCCACAGAGAACUGCAUUCCCGAAAGUGAAUAGGGUGAGUAGGUACUUCUGGAGGACGUUGGAAAUAACCUGAGUUUGGGGUCCACUGGGCUGAGAAGCUGUGUGCUCUGGCAUCAGACCUACUCAAUGGGGGAGAGAGAUGUCCCCUUCCCACCUCCCCUUGCUCUGCUCUGGCCUCCUGUCAGCUCAGGCCCCUGGUCAUUACCCUUGGAAAUCUGUCCUCUAGUGUAAGUCCCAGGACACUCAGGAUCCUUUCUUUUACCUAAUUAAACCUGUCACACCACAGUGUCCUGGCCAGUGAUGUAAAGUUCCUUCUCGGGGCUUCUGCUCCUCCA